GCGUGAUGACCCCAGAGCGUGCGUUCUGUGGCUCAUAGGGGAAGAUGGCGGCUGCUCCUUUGGAGGAGCGGGAUUGAGAGGAUCGGAGUGGGGAGACCAGACAGGAGAGACAUUCCCGGCUCUGAAGACGAACGCUUCGCUGGCCGUUAGGAGCUCUGCUCAAAGCCAGACGUAUCCUGGAAGGAAAACAUCACCAUGGCUACAGAAAUUGGUUCUCCUCCUCGUUUUUUCCAUAUGCCAAGGUUCCAGCACCAGGCACCUCGACAGUUGUUUUAUAAGCGACCUGAUUUUGCACAACAGCAAGCAAUGCAACAGCUUACUUUUGAUGGAAAACGAAUGAGAAAAGCUGUAAACCGAAAAACCAUAGACUACAAUCCAUCUGUAAUUAAGUAUUUGGAGAACAGAAUAUGGCAAAGAGACCAGAGAGAUAUGCGGGCAAUUCAGCCUGAUGCAGGUUAUUACAAUGACCUGGUCCCACCUAUAGGAAUGUUGAAUAAUCCUAUGAAUGCAGUAACAACAAAAUUUGUUCGGACAUCAACAAAUAAAGUAAAGUGUCCGGUAUUUGUUGUUAGGUGGACUCCAGAAGGAAGACGCUUGGUCACUGGAGCUUCUAGUGGGGAGUUUACCUUGUGGAAUGGACUCACUUUCAAUUUUGAAACAAUAUUACAGGCUCACGACAGCCCAGUGAGGGCCAUGACGUGGUCACAUAAUGACAUGUGGAUGUUGACAGCAGACCACGGAGGAUAUGUGAAAUAUUGGCAGUCGAACAUGAACAACGUCAAGAUGUUCCAGGCACAUAAGGAGGCGAUUAGAGAGGCCAGUUUCUCACCCACGGAUAAUAAAUUUGCUACAUGCUCUGAUGACGGCACUGUUAGAAUCUGGGACUUUCUUCGUUGCCAUGAGGAAAGAAUUCUCCGAGGGCAUGGUGCUGAUGUGAAAUGUGUAGACUGGCAUCCAACCAAAGGGUUAGUUGUUUCAGGAAGUAAAGAUAGUCAACAGCCAAUCAAGUUCUGGGAUCCCAAGACUGGGCAGAGUCUUGCAACACUUCACGCCCAUAAAAACACAGUAAUGGAAGUGAAAUUAAACCUUAAUGGCAAUUGGCUACUCACAGCAUCACGUGAUCAUCUCUGUAAACUUUUUGAUAUCAGAAACCUAAAAGAAGAGCUUCAAGUCUUCCGAGGUCAUAAGAAAGAAGCCACAGCUGUGGCCUGGCAUCCUGUUCAUGAAGGACUGUUUGCCAGUGGAGGCUCUGAUGGCUCUUUGUUAUUCUGGCAUGUUGGGGUAGAGAAGGAAGUGGGUGGGAUGGAGAUGGCCCACGAAGGGAUGAUCUGGAGUCUGGCCUGGCAUCCUCUUGGGCAUAUUCUCUGCUCAGGCUCAAAUGACCAUACUAGCAAAUUCUGGACUCGAAACCGACCAGGUGAUAAAAUGCGAGAUCGAUAUAAUCUAAACCUUUUACCUGGAAUGUCUGAAGAUGGAGUAGAAUAUGAUGACCUUGAACCUAAUAGCCUGGCAGUAAUUCCAGGAAUGGGAAUACCAGAACAACUAAAAUUAGCUAUGGAACAAGAACAGAUGGGGAAAGAUGAAUCAAAUGAAAUUGAAAUGACAAUUCCAGGUUUAGACUGGGGGAUGGAGGAAGUGAUGCAAAAGGAUCAGAAAAAAGUACCUCAGAAGAAAGUUCCUUAUGCCAAACCCAUUCCUGCUCAGUUCCAGCAGGCUUGGAUGCAAAAUAAAGUUCCAAUUCCUGCUCCAAAUGAGGUGCUGAAUGACAGAAAAGAAGACAUUAAAUUGGAAGAGAAGAAAAAAACACAAGCAGAAAUUGAGCAAGAAAUGGCUACAUUACAGUAUACUAACCCACAACUUCUGGAGCAACUUAAAAUUGAAAGACUUGCACAGAAACAAGUUGAGCAAAUUCAGCCUCCUCCCUCAUCUGGCACCCCUCUCCUUGGACCCCAGCCUUUUCCAGGACAAGGUCCAAUGUCUCAGAUUCCUCAAGGUUUUCAACAGCCCCAUCCAUCUCAGCAGAUGCCAAUGAACAUGGCUCAAAUGGGGCCUCCAGGUCCACAGGGACAGUUUAGGCCUCCUGGACCCCAGGGACAAAUGGGACCACAAGGUCCUCCACUGCAUCAGGGAGGUGGGGGGCCACAAGGAUUCAUGGGACCACAGGGACCCCAGGGCCCGCCCCAGGGGUUGCCACGGCCUCAGGACAUGCAUGGGCCCCAAGGAAUGCAGAGGCAUCCUGGACCUCAUGGCCCUUUGGGACCUCAAGGGCCACCUGGACCACAAGGUAGUUCUGGUCCUCAAGGUCAUAUGGGUCCUCAGGGUCCACCUGGCCCACAGGGUCACAUAGGCCCCCAAGGUCCGCCUGGCCCUCAGGGUCACUUGGGCCCACAGGGGCCUCCGGGUACUCAAGGUAUGCAGGGACCACCUGGUCCCAGAGGAAUGCAAGGACCUCCUCAUCCUCAUGGGAUCCAAGGCGGGCCAGGGUCUCAAGGGAUCCAAGGUCCUGUGUCUCAGGGACCUCUGAUGGGAUUGAAUCCAAGAGGAAUGCAGGGGCCUCCAGGCCCCCGGGAGAACCAGGGUCCUGCUCCCCAAGGGAUGAUGAUGGGCCACCCGCCUCAAGAGAUGAGAGGACCUCACCCUCCGAGUGGACUGCUGGGACACGGCCCUCAGGAAAUGAGAGGUCCUCAGGAGAUCCGAGGCAUGCAGGGGCCUCCGCCCCAAGGAUCAAUGCUGGGACCUCCCCAGGAACUGCGAGGACCUCCAGGCUCACAAAGUCAGCAGGGGCCACCCCAGGGCUCUUUAGGACCUCCACCCCAGGGUGGCAUGCAAGGACCCCCCGGACCUCAGGGACAGCAGAACCCAGCAAGAGGGCCACAUCCAUCUCAAGGGCCUAUACCAUUCCAGCAACAGAAAACGCCUCUGCUAGGUGAUGGGCCCCGGGCCCCCUUCAACCAGGAAGGACAGAGCACAGGCCCCCCACCCCUGAUACCAGGCCUAGGGCAGCAGGGAGCACAAGGUCGCAUUCCUCCUCUGAACCCUGGACAAGGACCUGGCCCCAACAAAGGUGACUCCCGCGGCCCUCCAAAUCAUCACAUGGGCCCGAUGUCAGAGAGGCGGCAUGAGCAGAGCGGCGGGCCUGAGCAUGGGCCCGAGAGGGGGCCUUUCCGGGGUGGCCAGGACUGCAGGGGUCCCCCUGAUAGGCGUGGCCCUCACCCAGACUUCCCCGAUGACUUCAGCAGACCAGAUGACUUCCACCCUGACAAGCGCUUUGGCCACCGGUUACGUGAAUUUGAGGGGCGAGGAGGACCUUUACCGCAAGAAGAGAAGUGGAGGCGAGGGGGCCCUGGGCCUCCGUUUCCCCCUGAUCACAGGGAAUUCAGCGAGGGGGAUGGCCGGGGUGCAGCCCGAGGCCCUCCGGGGGCAUGGGAAGGCCGCAGACCUGGAGACGAACGUUUCCCCCGGGAUCCCGAGGACCCACGUUUUCGAGGGCGCAGAGAAGAAAGUUUCAGAAGAGGAGCCCCGCCGAGGCAUGAGGGCCGUGCUCCCCCCAGAGGAAGGGAUGGUUUUCCUGGUCCUGAAGACUUUGGUCCAGAGGAGAAUUUUGAUGCUUCUGAGGAAGCGGCCCGAGGACGAGAUCUCAGAGGUCGAGGUCGGGGUACCCCACGAGGAGGAAGGAAGGGUUUACUUCCCACUCCUGACGAGUUCCCUCGCUUUGAAGGAGGGCGGAAGCCAGAUUCCUGGGAUGGAAACAGAGAGCCUGGGCCGGGUCAUGAACAUUUUCGUGAUGCUCCCCGACCUGAUCAUCCCCCUCAUGACGGUCAUUCCCCAGCCAGCAGAGAACGCUCCUCUUCUCUCCAAGGCAUGGACAUGGCAUCCCUACCUCCCCGAAAGCGCCCCUGGCAUGAUGGCCCAGGCACUUCUGAGCACAGAGAGAUGGAGGCCUCAGGAGGCCCUUCUGAAGACCGAGGAGGCAAAGGCCGCGGGGGCCCAGGACCUGCCCAGAGAGUGCCCAAAUCUGGGCGUUCCAGCUCUUUAGACGGAGAACACCACGAUGGAUACCACAGAGAUGAACCUUUUGGGGGCCCUCCGGGCAGUGGCACCCCUUCUCGAGGGGGCCGGAGUGGCAGUAACUGGGGUAGAGGGAGUAACAUGAACUCUGGCCCGCCGAGGCGAGGAACUUCACGGGGUGGUGGAAGGGGUCGGUAGAAGUUGGAACUGAGUACCCUGAGGCCUCUCUGGACAGUAUUUAAGAACUUCUUGUGGACUUACCAAGAGAAACAAAAGGAAGCCUGCACCGUUGUAGCCCUGAACUCUUCUGGGCACCUGAAUCCCAGGAACCCUCAAUGAGGUCUUCAAGAUGAAGAGACUGCUGCCAGCUACCAGCCCAGCUGGCCCUGUCCUGUCCUGUCCACCCUCAUUGCCCCAACUCCCAUGUUGUUUUGUGAAGAUAAAAGCUGGGAUCUUUUUUUUUUUUUGUUAAGUCUCACAAGACAUGGGGCAUCUCCACAAAUUUAAGUUCCUGUCCAUUUGGAAAUUUGUUUCUAUGUGUACAGUUUGUCAGAGAAAAACAUAAAAGUUUUUGUAUGAAUACAGAAUGUGAUUUACGCAAGAAUUAACAGAAAACUAGUUGUGGAGUGCUUGCCUUAAGGAAACCUUUGGUUUCCAUCGCAUCCCAUCUACUGAGGAGUGCACGGUUAUCGCUGAUGUUCAUGAGCAUAGUAACCACUAAGUCAUCUAAAUUAAUCUCAGCUGUGAACUUUGUGUUUCUCAACAAAUUCUGUCACCAUUUUUGUGAUAGAGAAAUACUUGAAGAUGAAUGUAGUUUGUAGUAGGUUCAGAGUUAUACUCAGACAUGCUCUGACAGAUGAAAACUGAACUCGGAAGAGAAAAUGCAGCCUUCCGGCUGUCCGGCGAGGAGCUCCCCCUUGGAAGCACCUCCUAGGAAUCACAGUUGAGAUGUGAAUCGCCUUGUCAGGAUGAGGAGAGCAACUUGAUGUUAGUCAGAAAUAACGUCACAUGCCCUUUAGAUAACUUGAAAUCACACAUGGAGUUGAUAAGGAAUGGACCAAAAUAGCUCCUAAAACCAUUUUGGAACACUUAAUUAAUUAAUCUCUUUCUCUUCCAUACUAGCUAUGUGGAAAUACCAGUGUUAUGGCAGGGUGUACUUCUAAUUCAUAACAAGCCAGACAGAUCUUGUCCAUGGCAAAUUCCUUGUUUGAAAUAAACAUACCAUUUAGCCCAGUUUGGAUUGGAAGCCAAAAAUUCAGUUUGUUAUACCCCAUGAUACUUUCUAUACUGACCUUUAUUUUGGUUUUACAUGGAAGCUUUUAUUAAAAGGACUGUCCUAUGGCCACCUUAACAUUUCAUUACAUUGGCAGCUUCAGUUUGGCGUCAAGUCAAAUUUAUUUGGCAGAUUUAGUGGUGAUGGAAGUUUCAUUUUUUCUUCUUUUUUUGAGACAGAGUCUCCCUGUCACCCAGCCGGGAGUGCAGUGGAGCAAUCACGGCUCACUUCAGCUUCGACUCUGCCUCAGCCUCCCUAGUAGCCGGGACUACAGGCACACGCCACCAUGCCCAGCUCAUUUUUUUUUUGUAUUUUUGGUAGAGAUGGAGUUUCACCACGUCGCCUAUGCUGCUCUCAAACUCCCGGGCUCAAGCGGUCCACCUCCUGUGGCCUCCCAAAGUGCUGGGAUUGCAGAUGUGAGCCGCAGGACCUGGCUGCUGCUGCUGGAAGUUUCAGUGGUUGCUUAGAAAAGGCAUACUGACAUAGUUUAACAGUAUAUGAAACCCUAGCUGGUUCUCCAUGAAUGUAACAAAUAGCAAAAGCUAACUGAUUUAUGUGGAGAAAAUGUCAGCCAUAUACACUGCUUUUCAGAAAGUGUUAGAAUCUAGAGACUAUUUUUUUUAACUUUGAAAUUACAGCUUAAUCAGCACCCCACCAUAAACAUGCUAUUAUAAGGCUCAAGAUUGCUUUAGGUUAGGGAUAUUUCUUCACUCCCCCCCAACUGGUAUAGCUUAAAGACAGAGAAACUGUAAUCAAAUUUCAUGAAGCUAAAACCGGAUCCAGAGACCAAACCCAUUAUCAAGAUUAGCCUUUUUUUCCCUGAGAUUCCAGUGGAAAAAAUUUCAUUAUUUUGGGCUGUAACUUUAAAAACAUAGUAUCUCAAGCAGAUAACCAGAUCACAUUUUAAACAUUUUCAUUUUACCUUUAAGCUCUACUGGACUUGACAGAUCACAUUUUGAGAGUGAUUUCAUUUAGAGAAAACAAUAAGCCUACAUUAUAUCUAU